GGAUAUCUUCCCGGUGUCGUUGCUUCAUUUACCAGACGGUAUAGUUCUUCACAUUGCAGAUCAUUUCCAAGAACUAGACGCUAACUUACCCUACCUUUACGUGUGUAACUUACAUACCUCAAAAUCAGCAUUAUUUUGCGCCGCGGGGGACCAGCCGGAUCAGCACUACCGAGAUUCUCACCUAGCGAGCAGUCGAUAUUAAAGAUGAUGUUAGCCUUGAUGCCAAAGACGAUAAUGGUGUCUCUCCACUAUUCCAUGCUCUCAGAAACAACUGCAAAAGACUCCAUCCAAAAUGAGCUUUGAACCGUUCGAAAGACAGAACAGGGUUACAAUUGAACCCCUGGGGGGAUGACCCAUCACAACAAGUGGAAGGACGAUGAUAUUGUACGUGAAAUUGUCACUUACACCCCGACUAAAGUCAAAGAUCUUUUGGAUCGAGAAGAAGCUCCUACCUUUCAGGACAUAUUGAGUCCUCCAUGGAAAAGUGAUUGUCGGCAUUGCGGUGCCUAUCUGAAGCUCAUUUACAGAGAUGAAAAUGACCCAACUGCUCUCAAUCACUAUGCUUAUGUCGGCUCGGCGACCUCUUGGCUACAUGGUUAUGGAGAAUCCUGUUUCUAUUGAACACAAGACAAAACAGAAACAGCUUAUAGUCUCGACAGCAGUGAUCCUAGUUGUCCACCAAGAGUAUAGUUCAUGUCAGGUACUUUACUUAACCAGAACCCGGGGAUAUGGAGGCCUCCGAUCUAUUCAUGACCCGAUUAGACUAAUCUAUGGUCCCUCAGGGACUGGGAAAACACUAGUAA